AUGUCCAACCCCAGGCCAGAACCCCUACGCAUCGCCGUCCUCAUCAACACCCCCCCAGACAACGACUUCUGGAAUGACGUGACCGAGUCCUACCGUACUGGCUUUGAGGUUGUCGCGCCCAACGCCCAGCUGGACAUGUACGACCCCAUCUUCCAGCACAACUUCCCAGACUCCCAGGAAUACGACCUGAUCAUCCUGAGUGGCGGCAAAGCGGACGCCUCCUCUUCAGAGCCCUGGGUACUGGGUGUGUUAGAAUUCUUACGUAGAACCGCACAGACAUCACCCAAGACAAAGAUCCUGGGUAUAUGCUGGGGUCAUCAGGCCAUCUCCCGGGCAUUCGGGGGAGAAGUGCGAGCUGUGCCUACGGGUCCAAUUGCCGGAAUCGAAUCCAUCAAAUUAACAGAAGCCGGGAGGGAAUUCUUUUCCUGUGCCCCGGGCAUUACCAGCUAUAAAUUACCAGAGUUUCACGUCCGCGAGGUAGCAAGACCUGGGUCAGAUUUUAUUCCUCUUGCGGAGAACCAUGAGAUGUUUGUUAAUCAAGACAAUACUGUGUUGACCUUCCAGUCACAUCCAGAGGUUCAACCUGCUCUGGCAAAGAAGAUGUUGUUGGAAGAGGAUGAUGUUUAUAAUGGGAAUCUUUCGAAAUUGGAAUUGGAGGAUCAGUUGAAACGGCUUGAGCAGCCGACGGAUGGGUUUGAGGUGCUGAGACGGGUGGUUGAGUGGGUGAAGGAAUGA